AUGGUAUUAGAACAAGAUCAACAAGAGGAGGAGAAGUAUACUACUCUAGUGGACAUUCCAGUGACCAAAGCUCAAGUUGAAAAUUGUACAUUUUCACACUGGCAUCCCAAAUUUAAGAAAUACACUCCCAAAUGUGUUAUUAUACCUUCAUUACCUGAUUCAUUUAUACAGUAUUUAGAGCAAGACGGGAUCAAGUUGCCCCAUGAUGAGAAAUCAUUUUAUACUGAGAAAAUAACACCCACAGAGGAUAAUGAGUAUAGUGAUUGGGAUGAUGAGGAAGAAGAACUAGAGCAAGAGGGGAAGAAAAGUCAAGAUAUCGAACCAUUAAAAGAUUUUCCCGAGUUGCAUAGUAGAAUAAAAGAGAUUAUAGCUGAUAUGGGGGCAGUAACACCUAAAUUGAAUUGGUCUGCACCAAGAGAUGCCACAUGGAUCUUACCUAAUAAUACAAUGAAAUGUAAUGAAGUUAAUGAAGUCUAUCUACUAUUGAAUGCAUCUAAUUAUAUAAUGCAUGAUUUACAACAUGCUUUUGAUGGAUGUAUAGAUGAUGGUAAGAGUGCUACUGAUAAACCUUUGCAAUAUGAACUUAUAUUAAGAGAGUGGUUUGACAUUAACCCUGCAUUAGAAUUCCGUGUCUUUGUCAAAGACAAGAAAAUAGUAGGUGCUUCACAACGUGAUUUGAAUUAUUAUGAUUUUUUGAAUGAACUUUCUGAUCAAUUAAAGGAUCUGAUUGAAGAGUUCGUGGAAGAUAUCAUUGUGCCUCAAUUCGAAGAUGAUUCAUUUGUGGUUGAUUUAUACAUUCCAAGACCAUUCAAUAAAGUAUUCCUAAUUGAUAUCAAUCCUUUUGCAAGAAAGACAGAUUCACUUUUGUUUUCGUGGAACGAAUUAGUGCAUAUUGAAUUGAGUGGUAAGGAUUAUGAACUAAGACUAUUAACUGAAAAUAAUACAGGGAGAUUUGCUUCAAAGGAACACUCUGAGAAUCAAGUACCCAGAGAUUUGGUUGAUGCAAGUUUAAACCCUGAUGCCAUCAGAGAAUUGACUCAGAAAUGGAAAGAUUUACUAUCUAGACAGAACGGAUCGGGAAGUGAUACUGAAAGUGAAAGUGAAAGUGAAGAUAAAGUCUGA